AUGACAUACUCUACCUCGUCUUCCAUAUCUGUGGCGUACGCUGGGACCGCGCGCAAUCAAGCUCUGCACAAGCUUGCAAUCUCCCAAAACUUGUUCGCACUGGCGACAGCUUCACUGUCAUGUUCCCUCAACUGGAGCCGCGUGGAUCUGUCAAACAUACCGGAGAAGUUGGCGCGGCUACUGUGUGAGCACAGCGGCAAUUGUGCUCUCAGGUUCAGCUGGCCCGUCUCUUUAUACGCGACACCCCGUAGCGAGUUUGCCGUCAAGCUCUGUACCGAGAACUUGCUGCAAGUUACGGAGCUCAGCCUCGUUGCAACACGAGUCCAGCUCGUGCCCUGGGUGUAUGAAGGCAGCGCUCCACAGAUACACGAGGUCUUUCUGCAGAAUGCAGACGCAUUUGCGUACGCCCCACUGAUCCUUGAUUGUCCCCUGUUCCGUGGAGAGACCCCGCACUUGCAUCACCUGUCCCUCGUGGGCAUACGCAUACCGUGGGCUACGGGCAAUUACCGCAACCUUCGCACGCUCAGGAUUCAACGUUGUAAUGUUGGCUGCGGCGUUGCUGCUGAUGUCGACCUCUGUCAUAUCUUUCUCAACUCACCAAACCUCGAGACUCUUAUUCUGUCCCUGCGCACGACUCUCAAUUGGGACGUUGGAGACGACGCGCUGCUGCCGGAGCACGGUGACAUAGAACGCAUCCCAGUGCGGGCGCUACGCUCACUGGUGCUUGAACUUCCUGUUCCUUAUGCAAAGCACCUCCUAGCAUCCAUCGCGCUCCCUCCAACACUCAUCCAACUUCGUCUGUGCCUCGAGCCUCCACUCACCCAACCCUCAACAGUUCUGACGCUCCUCGAUCCUUCUCUCCUCCCGUCCUGCAUCUUCAGCCCUACGACCCGUCUGCAUGUGCUUGACAGAACCUCCGACGGCAGCAUACAGAUCUGCAGGUACACCUCCGCGGGCGCCGCCGAGACGCCGUGGUGGGAGUACGGAGUCACGCGCGCGCUGCACGCGCGAUACGCCCUCCCACACGUGCACACCGUCGUGCUUGUUGCUGAGAACGGCUGCUGCCAGGACGCCAGCGGCGCGCUGCCGCUCCUCGCGCCUCUGCAUCAGAUGACGUGCCUCCGCGCGCUCACGUGGUUGUCGCGCGUGCUCUGCGCAAUGGCGCAGACAUGCGCAGACAAAGGGCAGGCGCCGUGGGGCGCGCUUCAGGAGAUUGAGCUCAUGGUGGCGGCGUGCGAGCCAAGCCUGCCCGCGGUACUCAAUGCGCUCGUCGCUGUCGCGCGUCGGUCGCAGGCGUUGCGCACCGUCAAUGUCACAUUUCGGAUGCCGGCGUUCGCAGAAGACGAGGUGACCCUCAUCUUGGACAUGGUCCGUGGAGUCAGGGACAUGGGCGUUGUGAUCGUGUGUCGGAGGAUAGACUCAUGUCAGAUCCACAGCCAGAUCGAGGCUGUCGAGGAGCUCGUUCCCGGAACCUAG